GGAGAUGCAGAAGAAUAUUUAAUUGGAUGGUGGUGUCAGGAGAGAUGUUGAAUUGGACCUUGAAAUGUUUGAAUUUAAGAUGAGGGUUGUGCUACACAGCUGCGGCAAAGAGUUGCCGGGGAAGACGCCGCAGGUGUUGUUGUUGCAGCCGGGGCGGGGGGCGGAGAAGCAGUCGUCGCCGCAGGUAUUGGCUCUGGCGAGGGAGCACUGGUCGGAGCUACAGCGAGCAGGGUGGUAGGAGGAAGAGAUGUAGUUUUGGUCGCAGUCAACCCUGAGGAGCUCGUCGCCGAGAUCAAGGACGAGAGACAAACCACGAAUUUUCUGUGGAAGCUGAAGGCGGAAGCAAGCUGGGAGGUAGGUGCAAUGCGGGUGCGGCCGAGCACCCGGAAUAGAAUAUGGCACCGGCGAGGAAAAUUUUCAUGGCAUAGAUUCGUCGGCGGAGAGGUCGCAAGAGACUUGUCAAUUUCAAGAAUCGGCGGGCUCAAGAAUUAUUAAUUUUGUAUAUAUUCUUAUUCAUUAUACAUUGCUGCACAUACAUUUUAUACAUAGUCAAUGAUAAAUGCGGGAGCUAUAUACCGUGAAUUCAGAAUAAUCUCAAUCAAAGAUUCACGAAGAUAAUGGAAACUUGACCGGUGGAGUGAUUGACAGCUUGAUUGGAGGAGCGAUGUGCUCGAUACACAAAUGACAAUUUAGGAACUGUAUGUCAAAUUUGCCCUACAAUAAAAAGGUGAAACUAAGAGAGGGACAAGCCUGACCUCCUGCACAACAAUGGAGUCAACUGCACAGUCUGCGUUCACCUUCCUUAACCUCAUCUUCCUGUUCAUCUCCUUCCUUCCCAGCUUUCAAGCCAAACUACCAUCCACCUCGACGUCUCCCCUCCCCACAGAGGCCCUCCCCACGAGCUCCGGCUACCUACCGGUCAAUCCCUCCACCGGCUCCGCCAUUUUCUAUGCCUUCUACGAAGCACAACACCCCGCUUCGCCUCUCACUCAAACUCCACUUCUCAUUUGGCUCCAGGGCGGCCCCGGGUGCUCCUCCUUGCUGGGCAAUUUCUACGAGCUCGGCCCGUGGCGCGUAACUCCUCACAGGCAAAAUGUCGAACACCUUGCGCUCGAAAUCAAUCCCGGAUCCUGGAACCGCAUCUUCGGCCUCGUUUUCCUCGAUAGUCCAAUCGGAACCGGAUUUAGCAUCGCCUCGUCGACGGGAGAAAUCCCUAAAGAUCAAAAUUCCGUCGCUAAACACCUAUUUGCGGCGAUCACGAGGUUUGUGGCUUUGGACCCGUCUUUUAAAUCUCGCCCGAUUUACAUCACGGGCGAGAGCUAUGCAGGAAAGUAUGUUCCGGCAAUUGGGUAUUAUAUCCUAAAGCGGAACGCACAGUCGCCGGCGUCGCAUCGGGUGAAUCUCGCCGGAGUUGCCAUAGGCAAUGGCUUGACUGACCCGGCAGUACAAGUGGCCACCCAUGCCGCGAACGCUUACUUCUCCGGACUGAUCAAUGAGAAGCAGAGACUUGAAAUGGAGAAGGCUCAAUUGGAGGCAGUGAAGCUGACGUUGGCCGGGAAUUGGAGUGAAGCGACGAAUGCAAGAAAUCAUGUCUUGAAUUUGUUGCAAAAAAUGACUGGCUUGGCCACGUUGUAUGAUUUCAGACGGCCAACCCCUUACGAAACCAAGCUCGUCACAGAGUUUCUGAAGAGCCGAAAGGUGAAGGCGGCGCUGGGGGUGAACGAGACGAUGGUGUGGGAGGAAUGCAGCGUCGCGGUGGGGACUGCGUUGCACGAAGACGUGAUGAAGAGCGUCAAGUUCAUGGUGGAAUUCUUGGUGAAGAAGACCAGGGUGUUGCUAUACCAAGGGCAGUGCGAUUUGAGAGACGGCGUGGUUUCGACGGAGGCGUGGGUGAAGCGAAUGAAGUGGAAAGGAAUCGAGAAGUUCCUGGCGGCGGAUCGGAAAGUGUGGAAUGUGAACGGAUCGCUUGCUGGGUAUGUGCAGAAAUGGGGUAGCUUGAGCCAUGCCGUGGUAUUAGGAGCUGGGCAUCUUGUUCCUGCUGACCAGCCAUUGAAUUCUCAGGCAAUGAUAGAAGAUUGGGUGUUAAACAGGGGAUUGUUCGGCAGCGAGCUGGAAGAGCAGCCUAAAAUUUCCCGGAAUUCCCUCUAAAAUUUGUUUUUCCGGUCAGAAUCUGCCUAACUAGAAUUUUCUGGAGCUUCCCUUUUGUAAUUGCCCUUCUUGUUCCCGUAGCAAUGAUUCUGUGAUGAUGAUUUCUGUAACUUGUGAUUCAGACUAUGAGCAAGAUGCUGUAGUUGGAAACUUUGUAAUCUGUGCUAUUAAAUAAGAAAAACCAGCUCAAGUAUUGUAUUGUGUCA